GCGCACGGGCUACACUCCCCUUCACUGCACCCCCCUCUUUUCUAGCCCGCAACCUCCGCGUCACCUCUUGUGACGCUCGGCCAAGCGCGAGUGCGAGGAGGCCCUUUCUUUGAAGAGCCCCUUCGCUCGGUGACGGACAUAUACACCGAACCGUGCUCGCUGGUCUUCUCCCUCUCUCUUGAAUCGCUCGAAAAGCUCCCCAUCGCAGCAAGCUUUCCAGCUGGCGAAACAACCAUGCCAUUUAGGCAACAGCAGCCAGAGAACGACCGCGACAGACCAGAUCCAAGCCAGCACCCUCAACAAUCGUAUAUCAUGCCAGCGAAGCAGCUGCAGCUGCAGCAAGACUCUGACCCGUCCCAGCAGCAGCAGCAGCGAGCCCACUUUUCGGAAUCUAUGAUACAAUCCUACCUGCCUUAUUCAUACCCUGCCAUGGUGCCGUAUAACGUUCCGAACACCCACUCCGCUCGCGUGUACGAUCCGCCCGGCACGAUUACCCCCGAUACGCUCUCUCCCGGCCAGGCCAAGCGAGACGGUUCUCAUCCACAAGUUUCCCAUUCCCCAAACAACCAGUCCUUGCAGGCUCCUCCCUCCACAGACGACCUUCCCUACCUGGUACUCGGGCUACCGUCAUACAACGCAGUUUCUAUCGCUCCACUCGCUCAGGGGCCCGGCACCGAUAAUCCCAACAAUCUUGCACCUCCCGACAUUGCGUCUCCCCCGAAUGUCGCUGCCCGUUCGCCAUUGGUGCCUCACACAGGCCAUCCGGCUCCAGCUGGCUUCAGUCCGGCUCAUCAACCUCAUCAUCAUGAGCCAUCGCCUUCUCAGCUAGAACAGGAUAGCAAGUGCAGCGCAACACCCAUUGCAUCUGACUGCCGUCGCUCCUCCACCACGCAGAGCAUCUCCACUGAGGCGCCGGCCGCUCACAGCAAUCUGCAGCCGACGUACUUUGGCAUGAUCAGGACGACUGCCGACGUGAUCAGGUUGCUUGCUGCGACGGACCUGCCAAAUGGCACGCCCAACAACCCGCCAAGGCGCAUAAUGCGCCGUCUGCUCGAAUCCGAGCGCAUCAGCCUCGUCCGCGCUGGCACCGUCUUUGCCUGGGACGAGAAGGAGGCUGGCAUGCGCAGGUGGACAGACGGGAGAUGUUGGAGUGCGAGUCGCGUCAGUGGCUGCUUUUUGACCUAUCGUGAACUGGAAGUGCGCAAACAUCGAAACGGCGCGCCAGGAGGGCCGACUGCUAACCAAUACAAGGUCGAUGGGCUCAUCAAGCAAUCUUUCAGCAUGAUCACAGGCUCCAACCGCAAGAUGCACGUCAUCAACUACUACACCAAGCGUGACCUCCGCGAGGAAACACUGCGUCGAGUCGGCCAGGACCCCCGCUUCGAGAACAUCGACGGCAACGGGUGGCCCGUGGAGGUCGAUGAGACCGAGUACCCCGACCCAGCGCUUGACCAGCAGGAAGAUCAGGGGGCGACCAGCGAUGAUGGUCCGAUCGUCCAGAGCGACAACAUAACUGGACUCGUACAUCGAUUGAGCCCCGUUAGCAGCAGCAGCGACGGUGGCCACCACGUCUCCGCUGCUUCUGUCAAUGGGCUUACCGGCACGCACGGCCAAAUGGCUGGCUCAGGCCUAGUUGUGCCCGCUUUUUCAAUCAACAACAGAGGCGACUACUCUCCCGGACUAAGCGACGGGGGUUCCUCUCAACAGUUCCAGCCUGGAAACGUGUACGGAAGCUCGCGCUACCCGUCGAGCGGUCACCAGCAUCAGUACGGCGCGGCAAGCAAUGGUGGCGGUAGUGUCGGUUCGGCCAAUCACGACUCUUCAUCGAGAGGUUCGACUCGCUACCAGCUGCUCUCUCAGCACGAGUACCAGAAAGGCCGAGAGCGGUCCUUGCCACAGUUAUCUCGCCCGCACCACUUUGUGCCACACGAUAUUCGUAUCGGCAGCGGCGUUAGCAGGAUCGCAGGCGCUGCGAAUGGCGAUGCGCACGGUGACGGCUCUGUCAGCAGCGGCGUUCACGUCGAUCAUGAUGCCCGCGCCAACCACCGGGAGGUGGCAAAGAUGGUCGAUGUGUAUACGGAGCAAAGCGCCUACUCCAUGACUCCACUGGGCGAGGCGAAAGGCCUUCUCCCCAUUGAACCCAUCCCCGUCAAGUCGGGGCAUUUCAUAAGCAACAAUGCGCAGCAAUUGGGUCUCAUGCACGUCGGCAACGAUGCAUCGGCCAGGUUACACACCGAAUAUCCGCGCCUUCCAGCGCACAAGCGUCCAGUCGUCGACAAGAGCUUGUCGCCGGAAAGUCGCCCAGGUACCGCUGGUAGUGCCUCAUCGGGCGCCUCACUCAUAUCUGUCCUGUCCUUGUCGUACCUGCCUCCUCUGCUCUUGCCAUCGCUCAGCCCGAGCAGGAGCAAAAACAGCUUCGCUUUCCGCAGGCGCGAGCCGCUCAUCCGGCCUGUCCACAGCAAGCGUUUCAAGUACGAUACGCCUGCCGUCGGCUCGUCCGAAGGCAGCGGCUCCGAGUCAGACGGGUAUAAUCUCCCAACCAACUUGCCCUUACCACCACCGCGACGUCCACCGCUGCGACGUCUGCGCAUCUCUUCCUUCAGCUAUGCUCACGGCGCUGGUGACAGCGGGGAGAACAGCAGCUCGGGUUCAUCGUACAGGUCUUCCACCACCACCGCUUCGCACGACUCUAUACCGUCCGCCGAGUCCAGUCACGGUGGUUCACGCGGCAGCGACGGCCCAGCAUGGGAAGACCGCAUUUCGGCGAGGCCGUCUACGCCCGCGGAUGGCGCAGCUUCUGUCCUGCCGAGGCUGCUUAGGCUCGACUCUGGCGUGCACGCGCAUAGCGGCACGACAAUGUCAGUCAGCAUAUCGGAGCAGGAGAGCGCGGUAGGAGCGCUGCUCAGCCUGUCGUCGAACGGCAGCGCCCCUGCGAGCGCCAGCUCAGCAUUUGGCGGUGGCAGCAAUGACAAUGACAACCGCCUUAACAGCGGGCAUAAUGCUGGCGAGAACGCUGCCUACCGCAGCAGUGACAGCAGCAGCAUUGGCUCAAUUGGCGACAACAUGAUGACACAAGGUUUAGCAGCAGCGCUCAGCAUCGCUGCCCUAAGCGGCAGCGCAGUUGAAGUUCCGCCGCUGAGCAAGAUGUCCUCAGGGCUCGACGCGGCUGACUCGGCUGCGCUCUCGAAGCUCGCCGUCCGUCUUUGAUGCGGUCUACGGAUAUGGCUAGCAGCGGGCGUUAUGAAGAAUCGAAAGAACCAGACAGGGAAGCUCAAACCUGAGCUUACAAAAAUCGUGAAGGCCCUCCCACCAACACCCUGAAUGCAAGGCUCAACAUGCGCAAGCACACACGCAGGUAUACAUGACACAUUCUCCUAGACUCCGGGAUACCAUCGCACAAUCAAAAGAGCCGCAGACAUUGAU